AUGAGAAGUAUGUCAAACUACGAUCGUUUGUACACUUUAGUCUUAAUUAUGUUACCUGCUUUAUCAAUCUCUACCAACACUCUGUCGUCCACAGAAUCUCUCACUGUCGGAAGCAACAAAACCAUCGUAUCUUCUGGCGAAACCUUCGAGCUUGGUUUCUUCAAUCUCCCCUCAAGCUCUCGUUGGUAUCUCGGGAUUUGGUACAAGAAGAUCCCUACGAGAACUUACGUGUGGGUUGCGAACAGAGACAACCCUCUCUCUAACUCCAACGGAACUCUCAGAAUCUCCGACAACAACCUCGUCAUGUUUGACCAAUCCGGAACAUCUGUUUGGUCAACCAAUCGGACCAGAGGAGACGCGGGAUCUCCACUGGUUGCGGAGCUCCUCGAUAACGGUAACUUCGUGCUCAGACACUUGAACAAUAGCGAUCAGGAUGUGUUCUUGUGGCAGAGUUUCGAUUUUCUGACGGAUACUCUACUCCCGGAGAUGAAGUUGGGUUGGGAUCGCAAAACCGGAUUGAACAGACACUUGAGAUCAUGGAGAAACCCAGAUGAUCCGUCGAGCGGAGACUUCUCGACGAAACUAGAAACCACCAGAGGAUUCCCUGAGUUUUACGCAUGGAACAGAGACGAGAUAAUCUACAGGAGUGGUCCGUGGAGUGGGAACCGGUUCGGAAGUGACGUACUCGACAUGAAACCGAUCGAUUACUUAGGUUUCAAUUUCACAGCGGAUAACGAACAGGUGACUUACUCGUACCGAAUCACCAAACCUGACGUUUACUCGAGAGUCAUCCUAAGCUCCGCGGGGUUAUUACAGCGGUUCACUUGGAUCGAGACGGAACAGAGUUGGAGACAGUUGUGGUAUUUACCAAGGGACCUAUGCGAUGACUACAGAGAGUGUGGUGAUUACGGUUACUGCGAUUUGAACACUUCGCCGGUUUGUAACUGUAUCCAAGGGUUUGAGACGAGGAAUAACCAAACAGCUGGUUGCGCGAGGAAGACGAGGCUGAGCUGUGGCGGUAAAGAUGGUUUUGUGCGGUUGAAGAAGAUGAAGUUGCCGGAUACUACGGUGACAGUUGUGGACAGUGGGGUUGGGUUGAAAGAAUGUGAAGAGAGGUGUUUGAAGGAUUGUAACUGCACGGCGUUCGCUAAUAUGGAUAUUCGUAACGGAGGAUCAGGUUGUGUGAUUUGGAAGGGUGAUAUUUUCGAUAUCCGAAACUUUCCUAAUGGAGGUCAGGAUCUCUACGUCAGACUAGCCGCUGCUGAUCUCGUGGACAAGAGAGGCAAGAGGGGAAAAAUCAUAGCUUUGAGUAUUGGAGUGACCAUUUUUCUUCUUUUAUGUUUCAUUAUCUUCCGGUUUUGGAAAAAGAAGCAGAAGCGAUCAAUAGCAAUUCAAACACCUAUUGUUGAUGAAGGGAGAAUCGAAGAUUCACUGAUGAAUGAACUGGCAAUAACAAGCAGGCGCUACAUAUCCAGAGAAAACAAAACUGAUGAUGAUCUAGAGCUUUCAUUGAUGGAGUUUGAAGUUGUUGCCUUGGCAACAAACAAUUUUUCUAACGCCAACAAGCUUGGAAGAGGUGGUUUCGGUACUGUUUACAAGGGAAGGUUACUUGAUGGGAAAGAAAUUGCGGUAAAAAGACUAUCCAAAAUGUCUUUACAAGGGACUGAUGAAUUCAAGAACGAGGUUAAACUAAUUGCGAGGCUUCAGCACAUAAACCUUGUCCGACUUAUUGGUUGUUGCAUCGAUAAGGGGGAGAAGAUGUUGAUCUAUGAGUACUUGGAGAAUCUAAGCCUUGAUUCUCAUAUCUUUGACAUAACCCGACGCUCUAACUUAAAUUGGCAAAUGAGAUUUGAUAUUACCAAUGGUAUUGCUAGAGGACUUGUAUAUCUUCACCGAGAUUCACGUUUUAUGAUUAUCCAUAGAGACUUGAAAGCAAGUAAUGUGUUGCUUGAUAAAAAUAUGACUCCGAAGAUCUCGGAUUUCGGAAUGGCCAGGAUCUUUGGAAGGGAUGAUGCUGAAGCUAAUACGAGGAAGGUGGUAGGAACUUACGGUUACAUGUCUCCAGAAUAUGCAAUGGACGGGAUAUUCUCGAUGAAGUCGGAUGUUUUCAGCUUUGGGGUUUUGCUCCUCGAGAUUAUAAGUGGCAAGAAAAAUAACGGAUUCUACAACUCAAACCAUGACCUUAAUCUCCUCGCCUUUGUGUGGAGGAAAUGGAAGGAAGGAAAAUGGCUAGAGAUCCUAGACCCGAUCAUCAUAGAUUCUUCAUCGUCAACGUGCCAGGCACAUGAAAUCUUAAGAUGCAUACAAAUUGGUCUCUUGUGUGUUCAAGAACGUGCUGAAGACAGGCCAGUGAUGGCUUCAGUAAUGGUGAUGAUUGGAAGCGAAACUAUGGCUAUUCCUGACCCUAAACGGCCGGGUUUUUGCGUUGGGAGAAAUCCUCUUGAGAUUGAUUCGUCGUCAAGUACACAGGGCAACGAUGAAUGUACAGUGAACCAAGUAACACUCUCGGUCAUUGACGCUCGAUAGUUUUGAGCAUUACCCACUCACUAUGUUUAUAUGCAUGUU